AUGUCAUUGCCAUUUCCCAACAACUACCAUCUCCGAACAGUCGCCGAGGCAUCUUCCAAAGCGUGUUAUGUCUGCUACAAACCCACCGUCAAGGUGCUCAUUACACCCGACAAUAAGGACUUUUUCUAUGUCUGUGUCUCCCACCUCAGCGAUAGGGGGUUUGCUUCGCCCAUAGUCGAUGCCGAAGCAGAAGCGGCCAAGAAAAAGAAAGAAAUGAUGGACAGGGAAAUCGAAAAAAUCAAACAAGAGUACGAAGAGAAGCAGCGAAAGAAGAAGGCGAAGAAGAAGUCCAAAGACGAUGACAAAGACAAGAAGAGGGAGGACGACGACGACGACAAGGCUGAGAAGGAAAGGGAUGACAAGAUCAAAGCCAUCCAAGCCGGAGCCAGCGCCAACGCCGACGCCAACGAGAGAACCGAUGAUAUCCCGCGUGUCUAUGCACUACAGAAGAAUUUUUAUCAAAUGAGGCUGGACCGAUUGCGAAACUUGGAGCUUGCAAAGAGAAACCAACAGCGAAUGAAAGACCCAUCAUUCUUCCCUACUGCUCCCAAAGGGGAUAUCGCGUAA